AGAGCGGGCGGUUGCCCCUCCCGCGCGAGUCGCCCCGGCAACGCCAAUCGCGCCGGACCUGCGGAUGGCCCAUAGAGGGAAGGGGGCGGCGGCCUCGCCUCGGAGGAAGCUCGGCCCGAAGCUGGAGCUCAGCGCGGCCCACAAGCAGCAGAUGCGCGAGGCCUUCGACCUGCUGGACGCGGACGGGACCGGCACCAUCGACGUGCGGGACCUGAAGGUGUCCAUCCGCGCCCUGGGCUUCGACCCCACCAAGGAGGAGCUGCGCCGGGUCGUGGCCGAGGUGGACAAGGAGGGCGCGGGCAAGAUCGGCUUCGACGCCUUCUACUCCGUCAUGGCCCAGAAGAUGUCAGAAAUCGAUUCCAAAGAGGACAUCCUGAAGGCUUUCAAGCUCUUCGUGGACAAGGACAGCGGCAGGAUCGCCUUCAAGAACCUCAAGCAGAUCGCGGCUGAGAUCGGGGAGAACCUGACCGAUGAAGAGCUGCAGGAAAUGAUCAACGAAGCCGACCUGGAUGGCGACGGGGAGGUGGCCGAGCAGGAGUUCCUGAAGGUCAUGAAGAGGCGGGAUUACUAGGUAAUACGUCGUACGAGCCCAGCCACAACUUCCCAGGCCGAACAAGGAUCCUUCCUGGCUGAGGAGCAUCUGGUGAUCGCAAGAGACAACAGAAUCACCGUCAGCAAGAGAGAAGCCACUAAAAAUCAAAAGCAUGGGAAUCGCCUGAGAUUUCGUGACGGGGCAAAACGUCCAUAAAACUGGGAGGGGGAGGGGGCUAGCAGGUGAGAGUGGUUGGCCUGGCCAGCUUUGCCUCCUCUGCUGAAUGGGACGGUUUGUUCUGAUGGUUUGCAAAACAUUUCCACCGAAAAGGGAGGGGCAGCUCUGAGCAAAAGUAAUGCUUGCCUACCUGGCCAUGAGAAAUAAAGUUGCGUCUGUUGCAA